GUGCCCUCUCGUGUUUCUCACGCCUCACCUAUCCUCGCCUCUAAGCGUCAUCGCUAAUAACUUACAUGACGUCCAGCCAGUCGGCGUCCCUGUGUAUCCGCGUAUCCCCAUUGAUCAUUAUACAUCCGAGGCUGCUUUUUUUUACUCCAGGGACUGGAUAACACGGCUCGCUCCCCCACCGUCACCGACUCGCCACGCGGCAUCUGUACAUUCUUCACUUUCCUGUCCGCCUCGGUUGUCCUUUUGUCAUUCUUCAAACAUGGCCGGCUAGAGAACAACUCUGAUUUCGCCCCUGUCUCGAACUGCGCCAACGCGUAGGUGCAUAGUGUGCAAUGGCACCCUUGGACGACAAUGAGAAGAAUGACCUCUCGCACGCUCUGAGCCAGGAGGGCGUGGAAGAAAAGGACCUGGAAAAAACUCAAGACGGCCCGUCCAGGAAUCUCGAGGUUCCCCAAGAUCUGAGGAAGAUUGGUCGGGGAAAGAGCACCGAUUCAACCAGACUGGCCAGGAUCGAGUCGACUGCCACAUCAGUUACAGAAGCCAGUCACGCCGGCCUCUCCAAACAAGCACAGAAACGCCCACUUCCAUGGUAUCACAAGAUCAAUCCACUCAAAUAUGGCGACCCGGCCCCGCUGCCCGAAGAACGUUCCGUCUGUCCAGAAUACAACGCCGGCUUCUUCAGCCUUCUGACGUUUCAAUGGAUGAACCCUUUGAUGACCGUUGGUUACAAGCGUAAUUUAGAGAUCAAUGAUAUCUGGCUCGUCAACCCGGAUAGGUCCUCCCAGGUCAUGAUCGACAAGAUGAUGGCUUCCUUCAACGCCCGCACUGCCCGAAAAGAACGCAAUCCCUUAAAAUGGGCACUCUUCGACACCUUCAGGAAUGAAUUCCUCUUUGGUGCUGCCUGUGCUUUUCUCUCCGCCGUUUUACAGGUCAUGUCGCCUUUCACGACCCGGUACUUGAUUCAGUUUGCUACCGAUGCAUGGAAUGCCGACAGAAACGGCGGCGAGCCCCCUAAUAUUGGUCAUGGAGUUGGUUUGGUCAUUGGUAUCACACUCAUGCAAAUCUGCCAAACCACAGCCACCAACCACUUCAUCUACCGCGGCAUGAUCGUUGGAGGUCAAGCACGAGCUGUUCUCAUCAAUGCCAUUUUCGAAAAGACUUUGACCAUCUCCUCCAGAGCCAAGGCUGGAGGCAAGGCCAUUGAGGAUCUGCAGCCAAAAGAACCCAACGACAAAUCCGAGCAGCCUGACCAGGCACAACCUGACCCAAGAAGACCCGCUCUUGCCCGCUUCAUGUCCAGAAAGUUGCACCCGAAAGGCGGACCGAAUGUCACACCAGACAAAUCAAUAGGCGUCUCAGGCGAUGGCACGGGUUGGAGUAACGGCAAGAUUGUCAAUCUCAUGAGCGUCGAUACAUAUCGCGUUGAUCAAGCCUCGGGCAUGUUUCAUAUCGUUUGGACUUCUCCUAUUCAGUUGGCUUUGGUCCUCGUUGUUCUAUGUGUCAACCUGGGUUACAGUGCCCUGUCGGGCUAUGCACUUCUCAUGAUUAUGAUUCCUCUACUAGCUAAAUCCAUCAAGGCUCUAUUCGCGAGGAGAAAAGUCAUCAACAAGAUUACUGAUCAACGUGUCACCCUGACACAAGAAAUUCUGGGCUCGGUCCGCUUCGUCAAGUUCUUUGGCUGGGAAACCAGUUUUCUAGGCCGACUCAAGGAGCUCCGACGAAGAGAAAUUCGCGCCAUCCAGAUCCUCCUGUCAAUUCGGAAUGCCAUUAAUGCGGUAGCCCUGUCUAUGCCUGUAUUUGCCUCCAUGUUGGCCUUCAUCACAUAUUCAGUGACGGAUCAUCAUCUGGCACCAUCCAGGGUCUUUUCCUCUUUGGCUCUUUUCAACUCGCUCAGAAUGCCACUCAAUCUCCUGCCUUUGGUCCUCGGUCAAGUCACUGACGCCGUGACUUCUAUACGCCGCAUUCAAGAGUUCCUUCUUUCCGAAGACCAGAUCGACGAGAUCAUAUGGGACGAAGAUCUCAGUGACGCCGUUGAGGUCUCCCAUGCGUCAUUCACUUGGGAGAGGACUGCCACUCGGGAUAAGGAGCGAUCGGCAACCUUCCAAACCAAAGGAGAACUCAUGGCUGCCAAAAAGGCUGAAAAGGAUCGGAAAAAGGCAGAGAAGAAGACAGCGAGAGCAGCCAAGAAGAACAAAGACUUGGCGGUUAUUGCGCAAGAAGAUGCCUCCAGCGAGCAUACGGAAGUGGAGCCAUUCAAAUUGCACGAUGUCGACUUUACCGUAGGCAGAAAUGAGCUGAUAGCAGUUAUUGGUUCUGUCGGCUCAGGGAAAUCGUCGCUACUGGGAGCACUCGCAGGCGACAUGCGGAAGACAGGUGGCAAGAUCAAGCUUGCAUCUACCCGUGCUUUCUGCCCCCAGUAUGCCUGGAUUCAAAAUGCGACACUUCAAGAGAACAUCCUUUUUGGGAAGCCGUAUAGGUCCAAAUGGUACCGAAGCGUGAUUGAUGCUUGUGCGCUUGGCCCAGAUCUAGAUAUCCUUCCAUCUGGCGAUCAGACCGAGAUUGGCGAGCGGGGCAUUACACUAUCUGGGGGCCAGAAGCAACGGCUGAACAUUGCUCGCGCUAUAUAUUUCGAUGCUGACAUCAUCUUGUUGGAUGACCCCUUGUCCGCAGUGGAUGCUCACGUUGGUCGCCACAUCAUGGACAAGGCAAUCUGUGGUCUAAUGAAGGACAAAUGUCGCAUCCUGGCCACUCACCAGCUACAUGUUCUGGACAGGUGUGAUCGUAUCAUCUGGAUGGAAGAUGGGCAUAUCCAGGCCAUUGACACAUUUAAUAACCUCAUGAGCCACAGCGUCGAAUUCCAGAAGCUCAUGGCCACAACAGCUCAGGAAAGUCAUCACCAGCCGCAAGCAGAGGAAGGAGAAGAAGACAAGAAGCCUUCAGACAAAAAGCUUAACAAAGGUAAAGGUGCAGCUUUGAUGCAACAAGAAGAGCGCGCGACCGACUCUGUCAGCUGGAGCGUCUGGGGUGCAUACAUGAAAGCAUCCGGAUUUUUCUUGUUCUGGCCCCUGAUCUUCCUCACGCUUGUGCUGUCCCAAGGAUCCAACAUUGUGACAAGUCUGUGGUUGAGUUGGUGGGUCAGUGAUCAUUUUGGCUUCUCGCGUGGAACAUAUAUCGGAGGAUAUGCCGGUCUAGGGUUGUGCCAGGCUUUGGUCCUCUUCGCUUUUGGAACUCUCCUCUCGACGAGCGGUACCAACUCCAGCAAGAAUCUCUUGCAAAAGGCUAUGACCAGGGUUCUGCGGGCGCCAAUGUCAUUUUUCGACACGACGCCUCUCGGGCGUAUCACCAACCGAUUCUCUAAAGACGUCGACUCGAUGGACAACAGCUUGACGGAUGCCAUGAGGUUAUACUUUAUCACUCUCGGCAUGAUCAUUGCUGUGUUUUGUCUCAUAAUCGCCUAUUUCCACUUUUUCGCGGUCGCGUUGGGACCACUGUUCCUUCUGUUCUUGUUUGCAGCCAGUUACUAUCGGGCUUCUGCUCGUGACGUCAAGAGACACGAGUCAGUUCUCCGGUCGCAUGUGUUUGCGCGGUUUUCUGAAUCUGUCAGCGGGGUGGCGUCGAUUCGCGCGUAUGGGCUGCAGAAGUAUUUCAUUGGGCGUGUUCGAGAUUCUAUCGACGAAAUGAACUCGGCAUAUUAUCUUACGUUUGCCAAUCAAAGAUGGGUUGCAACGCGGCUGGACGCCAUUGGCAACGCGCUUGUUUUUGUGGUGGGAAUUUUGGUGAUUACCGAUCGGUUCAAUGUGAACCCCAGCAUCGGCGGACUUGUCUUGUCAUACGUUUUGGCCAUUGUUCAAACGAUUCAAUUCACCAUUCGACAGUUGGCCGAAGUAGAGAACAACAUGAACGCUACGGAGCGAAUACACUACUACGGAACUCAACUGGAGGAAGAAGCGCCACUGAAAGCGAGAGAGGUGCCUGAGUCGUGGCCACAGUCUGGUGCAAUCGUGUUUGACCGUGUCGAGAUGCGAUAUCGGCCAGAGUUACCUCUUGUACUCCGAGGAUUGGAUUUCGAAGUCAAAGGAGGUGAGAGAAUCGGAAUCGUGGGACGAACCGGCGCCGGCAAAUCGUCCAUCAUGUCGGCGUUGUUCCGGCUCAGUGAGCUUUCCGGAGGGCAGAUCAAGAUUGACGGGAUUGACAUUUCUACGGUCGGUCUGCAUGACCUUCGGUCACGACUUGCAAUCAUCCCUCAAGACCCGACACUGUUUCGGGGGACAGUAAGGUCGAAUUUGGAUCCAUUCAACGAACAUUCGGAUCUUGAGCUGUGGGCGGCAUUGCGUAAGGCGGAUCUGGUGGCAGAAGAUGUGAAUGACAAGGAGAAACGCGAACGACCCGAGACGGCUGAGACGGCGGCGACAUCAACGUCCAAGCUAGACGGGCACAAUGCGCCUAGCCGAAUUCAACUGGAUAGUCCGGUUGAAGAGGAGGGGUUGAACUUUUCGCUUGGGCAACGACAACUCAUGGCACUGGCACGAGCAUUGGUGCGCAACUCACAGAUCAUUGUUUGCGACGAGGCGACAUCUUCGGUCGACUUUGAAACGGACGAGAAGAUUCAAAAAACCAUGCGGAUCGGAUUCGCAGGCAAAACGGUUCUAUGCAUUGCGCAUCGACUCAAGACCAUCAUCAACUAUGAUCGGAUUUGUGUCAUGGAUAAAGGCCAAAUUGCCGAGCUGGACACACCCCUGAAUCUAUUUGAAGCAAAUGGUAUCUUCCGCGGCAUGUGCGACAAGAGUCACAUUGUUCGAGAAGACUUUUUCCGCGAGUGAUGCGCGUCAACUUGGCGGACUCGAUUGGAUAUAUGAGAUGUGAUAUGGAUGGAAUUCAGGUCGACACAGAGCACAUGAAUUGGAUAUAGGUGCAAGCAUAGCCUACGGUACUGUGCAGCAUAUAGCAGUGGCGUCAAAUAGAAUAAUAAGAGUUAUUUAGAUGAUGA